GCUCCAGUCUCUGAAGUCCUCAUCGCUGAGGAUCAGAUGGAGCAGGACGUCCUCCAACAUCAGGACGUCGAUGCUCCAGUAAAUUCUGCUGAAGAUGACAAAGCAGAACUGGUCAAGGACCAGAUUUCUCUACAGCAAAUUGUAGAGAUUCAUGAUCAUGGAGAAGCUCCAGUCUCUGAAGUCCUCCCUGCUGCUGAGGAUCAGCUGGAGCAGGGCGUCCUCCAACAUCAGGACAUCGAUGCUCCAGUAAAUUCUGCUGAAGAUGACAAAGCAGAACUGGUCAAGGACCAGUCUUCUCUACAACAAAUUGUAGAGAUUCAUGAUCAUGGAGAAGCUCCAGUCUCUGAAGUCCUCCCUGCUGCUGAGGAGGGCGUCCUCCAACCUCAGGACGUCCACACUCCAGCUAGCUCCUCUGAAGAUGAUGAAGCAGAGGAGCCGGAGAACAACCACAUUUUCUGGCGAUAUGAAUUUGGCUCCAAGCUGGGUGAAGGAAGCAACAGCCACAUACAUGCAGGGACUCGCUGCAAGGAUGGCCUUAAGGUGGCUGUGAAAAUUGCUGAAAAGACUCCAAAUAUGCCAUAUUUAAGAGUUCCUGGUCAUCCCAAACACCUUCCCAUGGAGAUCGGCCUGACACUCAUGGCUAAUAACGGCCCCCUGUUCCACAGAUAA